AUGCAAAUUUUUGUUAAAACCCUCACUGGUAAAACUAUCACCUUAGAGGUGGAGCCCAGUGACACUAUCGAAAACGUCAAGGCAAAGAUCCAGGACAAAGAGGGUAUUCCCCCAGAUCAGCAACGUUUGAUUUUCGCCGGUAAACAGCUCGAGGAUGGCCGUACACUCUCUGACUACAACAUCCAGAAAGAAAGUACCCUUCAUUUGGUGCUUCGUUUGAGGGGAGGUAUGCAAAUUUUUGUCAAGACGCUAACGGGUAAAACCAUCACAUUGGAGGUAGAACCCAGUGACACUAUCGAAAACGUCAAGGCAAAGAUCCAGGACAAAGAGGGUAUUCCCCCAGACCAACAGCGUUUGAUUUUCGCUGGAAAGCAGCUUGAGGACGGUCGUACACUCUCUGACUACAACAUUCAGAAAGAGAGCACCCUUCAUUUGGUACUUCGUUUGAGGGGAGGUAUGCAAAUUUUUGUCAAGACUCUAACAGGUAAAACCAUCACAUUGGAGGUAGAACCCAGUGACACCAUCGAGAAUGUCAAGGCAAAGAUCCAGGACAAAGAGGGUAUUCCCCCAGAUCAGCAACGUCUUAUCUUCGCGGGGAAGCAACUUGAAGAUGGCCGUACACUCUCUGACUACAACAUUCAGAAAGAAAGUACCCUUCACUUGGUACUUCGCUUGAGGGGAGGUCAGAUGCUCUAA